AAUUUACCGAAUAACUGAGGCGGAGUUGUAAGUUUUCAAGUAGCCGAGUUCCCACAUCAGCUGCCCAAAAGUGCACCAGAGGCGAGGUGCUGAAGGACAUUGAACCAUGCGAUAUACUGGAUUAUUUAUAUCACUGCUUUCUUUUGUUUAUACAUGGGAGAGUCUUGAGGCAGCGGAUGCAGCUUUACCUCAUGUGAUGCACUAUGAUGUUGUUCGAAUUCAGGCACUGAAUGGGCGAACGAAAAGGAGCGCCUCUUCUCUCAAGACCUAUCCUGAAAAACUUGAAUAUGCUCUAGCUGUAGAUGGGAGGAACUUCAGAAUUUCUUUGCAAAGAAAUAGAGAGCUUUUAGGAAAACAUUACACUCUGGCACAUUAUAACGAAGAUGGGAUUGUGGAAACAUCAGGCAAUAUUGACCACUGCUACUAUCAGGGAUAUAUCCAGGACAUAGAGGAUUCUUCUGUCAGUGUUGGUCUGUGCUCUGGAAUGCAAGGAUUUCUGAGAGCAGAAAAGCAAGUUUACUUAAUAGAGCCCCUAGAAGAGUCUGUGGAUGGGGACCAUGCUAUAUACAAACAAGAGCAUUUAAGGUCCAAGCGGGGGGCAUUUGGAUACAUUAAUGACACAGUCAAUGACCUUGGUCCAAGAUUUAGUGGGCUGUAUAAAAGCAAAAAUAUGAAAAUCCCCAGUGGAAGAGAGCGGAUUGUUGAGUUGGUUUUGGUCGUUGAUCAUAUGGAGUACAAAAGGUUUGGGAGUUUAAAGGACAUUGAAGCAAGAAUGAUGUUGGUCGCUAAUCAUGUGGACAAGCUUUACCGACCUUUAAACAUACGUGUCAUGUUGGUUGGGCUUGAGAUUUGGUCUCAAAGGGACAUGAUUGAUGUCAGCCAUAUACCGAAUGAUACUCUGGCAAGAUUUUUAAAAUGGUGUCAGGAUAUUCUUGUCAAGAGGAAGAAGCAUGACAAUGCCCAUUUUAUUACUGCCGUAGAUUUUCAGGGAACCACUGUUGGGUUGGCAACAAUGAAUGCUAUGUGCUCUCCAUCCUCUGGUGCUGUGAAUAAGGACCACAAUAUCAAACCCAUUGCAGUGGCUUCUACCAUUGCCCAUGAAAUGGGACAUAAUCUGGGCAUGUCACAUGAUAAUGCAAACUGUGGGUGCUCCUCUAGCAAGGGCUGCAUUAUGCAAGACACCAUUGGGGAUGUUUAUCCUGACACUUUCAGUGCAUGCAGUCAAGCAUCCUUAAAGACAUUUUUGCAGAAUUAUGACGCCAGCUGUCUGCUAGAUAUGCCAGAUGAUGGCGAACUAUAUGGGGGCCCAGUGUGUGGGAAUGCUUUUGUGGAAAAAGGCGAGGAGUGUGACUGCGGAACUGUCAAGGAAUGCAACAAUCCCUGCUGCAAUGCCUCCACUUGUCUGCUGAUCGAAGGUGCCCAUUGUGCACAUGGAGAGUGCUGCCACAAUUGCCAGCUGAAGAAAUCAAGCAGUCUGUGCAGACAAAGUGCUCAUGACUGUGAUUUGGAAGAGUACUGUACAGGAGAGUCAGCCGUCUGUCCCAAAGAUGACUAUAAGAUGAAUGGACUCCCCUGCAAUUCUAAUCAGGGUUACUGUUACAAUGGACAGUGUCCAACACAUCAGGAACACUGCAAGUUUCUGUGGGGAUCAGAUGCUGUUGUUGAUGCUGAUUCCUGCUUUCAGCACAAUGUAUAUGACGGAACUUCCAAAUCUGCUGAGCACAUGAAAUGUGGGAAAAUAUUCUGUUCUGGUGGGAAUUUGUUCCCUAUAACAAACAGAAAAUUGAGAGUAACCUUGGAAUCAAGAACCUGCUACAUGGCUUUGGAUCCCUCAACCACAGAAGACUUGGGGAUUGUUCCUACAGGCACCAAAUGUGGUACUAAUAAGGUGUGUUACAACACCCAUUGUCUGGACAUUAGUAUAUAUGGCACUGAGAACUGUUCUAAUAAAUGCAACAAUCGUGGGGUGUGUAACCAUGAGAGGACGUGUCACUGUGAUCCAGGCUGGGCACCACCCUAUUGUGAUGUUCAACUUUCAGAACUUCCAAAAAUCAGAAGCACUGUGAUAAUUGGUGUGACUACAUCUGUUGUUGUCCUGAUACUGAUCGCUGCUAUCAUUGGAGCACUGUUGUGUCGCAGAAAAAUAAAAGCAGCAUUUAAAAACAAAAGGUUUUUGAAGGACACCAACACUUCCUCAGGCCAGUGCAAUCCAGCAUUCCAACAGGGCAGUGCAAAGAACAGCCCCAGAUGUGCACAAACACGCAUCAGUCAACCACAUUUCAUUGAGUCAUCCUCUACUCUAGCCUGCAAAACUCAUUAUGAUUCAGCUAUGAUCUGUAGACCAGCACCAAUGCCUCCAAAGGACACAACACAAAAUAGGAUUGAACAGAUUGUGGAACCGUCCAUCCCACCUAUUUCCAGAAACAUUCAUCCUAUUCAGGCAAAACCCCUAUUGCCACCAUCUAAACCACUUCCUCCUUCAAGACCUUUACCACAACUGACGCCCAAACUGGAGGCUAAACCAAAACCACCUCCAGUGCCGCCAUCAAAACCUUCAGGGUUACAACCAGUGUAUACUCCACCACAGGCCAUCCAGAAAGUAGCACUGAAGCCACCUGCCAGGCCCAAAUGACUUGGAACAGUUUGAGUUUGAGUCAUUGGGAGCUUCAGAAGAAGCUUGGUAUGCAUAACAGGGGGAGCAGUUUAUGAGCUGAACAAAGCUCAUCUUUCUUUGUGGUAUUGCUGGGAAUGACAAGAUGAAGUUAAAGGAGAUGGUAAAAUAGUAUGAAGCAUUUGCACUCACUCGCUCCCUCUGUUAUCUUGGUAUGACUUUGUACUGUUUGUUUCUAUUUCUGUUGCUGUAUUUUGGCCUUUUUUCUGUUUAUUUUUUGUAUGUUUUUAUUUGUAUUUUAAAGAAUAUGAUUUGCCACAGUUAACAGCCAUUUCCAGUUGCGUGUGAAAACAACCAGCAAAAUAUCAAUACAGGGCAUCCAACAUCCAUUUAGUUAAGUCCAUGCAAGUCUACAAAGUUCCUCCUUCAGAAUCAUAUUGCCUCCCAGGUAGCAGCGAAAAAGUCUGAUAUGUUAUAAAGAACUAUUCUUCAAAAAUAAGUUUAGUGCUUCCAAAGUUCUAGUGUACUUUUUAUAUCUCAGCAGGUAGAAGAAUUUUGAGCAAUUUCUAUCACCAAAAAACAAAACAAAACAAAAAAAUGAGUGGUUUUACACAUCUUAAUCUGUUUACAAGAUAGAUACGAGACCUGUCAGGCUUCUUUGAACAAAACCACUGGAUGUAUUCAGUGCCACAUGAAUCUGUAAAAUAGCACACUCAGUGUCAGUUCUUUACAAUAUAUUUGUAUUUUGUCUUAUUUAUAUGUUUCUGAAAACUUCAUUGUUGAGUUUAUUGUUUGAUUUGUGAUCUUUGUGCUUUUUUACUCUCAGACAAAGGCAAAAAUGUAUUUUUUGACCACAUAUAGUUUAAGAUAAAUCUUUCGAUCUCAGCUGGUCUGAUUUAAUUCUUUGUAAAUCUGAAAAUAAAUAGUGAUUAUAAUGUAUGUUUUUAUAUUUGUGUACUUUAAUAAAGUUUUUCACAUUUUCUUGUAAUUUGCUGGCAAUCACUCAUGGUUUUUUUACAUUUAGAUGUAUCUGUACAAUAAAGUUCUUUUUGUUAAUAUUA